GUUCUGGCCGUCGCCAGUCAUGUAAGGCUUUUUCUCUGAGCUCUCGCAACCUCGACCAAGACGUGUGGCUGACUGCCUCGUACAGGUUGUGUCCGGGUGAGUUUGUGUCGCGCCCUGUCAUAGGCGCCACCUGUGCGCCAGGCGUGUCGACAGGCAGAGUCGUGAACCGCGGGUCUGACAGCCUCUCGCAGAAAUGUAGGAAACAAGAUCGCCGUCUUCACACUGCAGUCCCUCGGCUGCGAUGUCGCGGCUCUCAACACCGUCCAAUUCAGCAAUCACACAGGGUACAGACAAUGGAAGGGGACAAGGGUGUCCGCUCAGGAAAUCCGGGACCUCUUUGAGGGGCUCAAGCAAUCGUACCUGGACGACUUUGACAUGAUGCUCUCGGGCUACAUUCCCGGCGCCGAGGCCGUCGUGGCCGUGGGCGAUAUCGCAAAGGAGCUUAAGCGGAAGCAGGCCGCCGCGGGGACGCCGGGCGGCUUCUUCUGGGUCCUGGACCCCGUCAUGGGCGACAACGGGAAGCUGUACGUCGCCGAGGAGGUCGUGCCCGCGUAUCAGAGCCUCGUCGAGCACGCCGACUUGAUUCUCCCUAACCAGUUUGAGGCCGAGCUCCUCUCGGGCGUCAAAAUCACCGACAUGCAGACGCUUCAAACCGCCAUCCGCGCCCUGCACACAAAGUACAGCAUCCCCCACGUCGUAAUCACCUCCGUCUCCCUCGUCUCGCCCGACCAUCCGCCCUCCCACCUCUCCGUCGUCGGCUCCAGCAUGUCGCCCUCCACCGGCGAACCGCGCCUCUUCAAGAUUGUCUUUCCCGCCAUCGACGCCUACUUCUCCGGCACGGGCGACAUGUUCGCCGCCCUCAUGACGGUGCGCAUGCGCGAGGCCGUCAUCGCCGCCAGCGCCAGCACCAGCGCCGACAGCGAGGCACAGCAGCUCAAGGACCGCGAAUCCUGGCUCAGCGGCAACGAGGUCGACGCGCUGGACCUGCCCCUCGCCAAGGCGGCGGAGAUGGUGCUGGCGAGCAUGCACGAGGUCCUCACGCAGACGGCGCGCGGGAUGCAGGAGGUCGUCGCGGCCGCCGGCGGGGACGCCUUGGCGGAGACCGAGGAAGGGAGGACGAAGCUUCACCUGCUCAAGAGCAAGAGCGCCGAGCUGAAGCUCGUGAGGAAUCUUGCGAGCUUGCGGGAGCCGACUGUGGAGUUGAGGGCGAGGAGGUUGUAGACGGUGCCUCCCUCUGGAGGACAGGGGGUAUGGGGUAAAGUGGGUAGGGAUCGAGCUUUUUGGGGAUGGGAAAGAAAGAAAGAAAGGAAGAAAGAAAGAAAGACAUAGAGGUGUGUUUCGUUUUGGAGAGGCGCUUGUGCGUGUGUUUAUCUUGCUGUUUCAUAGACUUGCAGAGUAAGCGCACUUGUAUGGCGGAGAUUUACGUCACCUGCAUGGAGAGACGGCGUGAUGGAUUAGGACUAGAAAAAGGCACAUCAUGGUGGUCGUAGCAU